AGAGAAGAAACACAACAACAACAACAAAAAAUGGAGAUUAGAGAAACAAAACCAGUGAUCUUUCUCUUUGUUUUCCCUUUACAAGGUCACUUAAACCCUAAUUUUCAGCUUGCCAACAUCCUAUUCAACAAGGGGUUCUCCAUCACUGUGAUUCACACUGAGUUCAACGCUCCAAACUCAGCCAACUUCCCUCACUUCACUUUUGUGUCCAUACCUGACGGUUUGUCUGAAUCCGAAACCUCGAAUCCUGACGUCAUCGAGCUUCUCCAUGACCUCAAUUCCAAGUGUGUUGCUCCUUUUGGUGAUUGCUUGAAGAAGCUUCUGUCUCAAGAACCAACUGCUGCUUGUGUGAUUGUAGAUGCUCUUUGGUACUUCACUGAUGGUUUAACCGAAAAGUUCGGUAUACCGAGGAUGGUUCUCCGGACGGUUAACCUCUCAGCUUUUGUCGCGUUCUCAAAAUUUCAUGUCUUACGAGAGAAAGGGUAUCUUUCUCUGCAAGAGUCUCAAGCUGACUUACCAGUUCCGGAGCUUCCACAUCUGAGAAUGAAAGAUCUUCCAUGGUUCCAGACAGAAGAUCCAAGAUCAGGUGAUAAGUUAAAAACAGGCGUGUUGAAGUCACUAAAGUCAUCCUCAGGAAUCAUAUUCAACGCUAUUCAAGAUCUUGAACAAGAACAGCUAGAUGAAUCCCUCAAAGAGUUCCCGGUUCCACACUUCUGCAUCGGACCUUUUCACAAACACGUUUCACCUUCCUCAAGCAGCUUACUUACACAAGACAUGACCUGUCUCUCUUGGCUAGACAAGCAAGAACCUAACUCCGUGAUCUACAUAAGUCUUGGAAGCAUAGCUUCAGUAGAUGAAUCUGAGUUCUUGGAGAUUGCUUGGGGUCUAAGAAACAGCAACCAGCCUUUUCUAUGGGUGGUUAGACCCGGUUUGGUCCGAGGCACGGAAUGGAUUGAGAUUCUGCCUAAAGGGUUCGUAGAAAGCCUAGAAGGUAAGGGUAAAAUAGUGAAAUGGGCGCCUCAGAUUGAGGUUUUAGCUCAUCGUGCAACGGGAGGGUUCUUGACACAUUGUGGUUGGAACUCGACGAUUGAGAGCAUAUGUGAAGGUGUGCCGUUGAUAUGUAAACCUUCUUUUGGGGACCAGAGGGUGAAUGCAAGGUACAUUAGUGAUGUGUGGAGGAUUGGUUUGCAUUUGGAGAAUAAGAUUGAGAGAGUGGAGAUUGAGAAAGCUGUUAGGACAUUAAUGAAGAGCUCAGAAGGAGAAGAGAUACGUAAGAGGAUCAUGCCCAUGAAGGAAACUGCUGAGAAAUGCCUUGAGCCUGGAGGCUCAUCGUUUCGGAAUCUUGAAAAGUUGGUUGCUUAUAUAUUGGCUUUUUAAUGUCCACGUCCUUGUUUGCUUUGUUUAAAUUUGUUCUGAACUUUAAAAAUAAGACACAUCUGAUUUGUUACAUAUCAAUAGAAAACUUGUUUUUAGAACUUC